AUGACUACAAACCUCAUUUUCGUAUCUUGCACGGUCCUUCAGAGUCUAGGUAACUGAUUUUUUUUAAUUAACAGAUUUUGUAACAUCGUAUUUUACAUAAAAAUAAAAAAAAAUCGAAAUUGGUUUUUAGUGUUAUCCAUACUGUUUUGUGCCAAACCCAAGCAAUUGGGUUCGGAAAACGAAAGACAGCGAAAACGUCCGAUCAGACGGAGAAAUCUCGAUUCUCCAAAUUCUGAUGAAAGAGAAAUCCAAUUGGAAUAUCGUGGCUCCGAACACACUGAUGAUUUUGGUUUUCCAAGUGCCCUGGAACGGUCGGCGUAAGUUGGGUUGCAAAGUCAUUUGUUAGCCAAGAAUUUUUUUUUAUUUUGCUCUGUGCGAUAUUUUUAUUUUUGCACUGUGCGAUUUUUUUAUUGUUUUUUUUUUUGCACAGUGCAAUCCUUUUUAUUAUGCACCGUGCGAUUUUUUAUUUUUCGCACUGUGCAAUUUUUAUUUUUUUUUUGCACAGUGCGAUAUUUGGCGCUACGACAUUUCGGGUCAGGGACAACUCGGGUCAACGACAACUCGGGUCAACGACGUUUCGGGUCAACGACACCUCGGGUCAACGACACUUCGGGUCAACGACAUUUCGGGGCAAAGAUGCCGUUUAAUAUUUUCGCUUCGGGACUUGGAAAAAAGAAUUUUUUGAAGAAUUUGAACAAAAUUUUUAAAUGUUUUCGCUUUGGAACUUGGGAAAAAGAAUUUUUUUGAGAGUUUGAACAAAUUUUUGAAAUGUUUUCGCUUCGGGACUGGGGAAAAAGAAUUUUUUGGAGAAUUGAGGUUUAUUUUUUAAAUUUUUUAGGGAAAUAGUGCAUAAGCGACGAGCAAAUAAGAAAAUCGUAUCCAUUGUUUAUGUUUUUAACUGGAAGCACGGGAUUUAAACGCAGACAGUGCCAGAGAGUGGAGUAAGAAGAUAGUCGUAAUGAUUGUAUGCUCAUAACGAUUUUUUUUAUUUGCUCGUUGCUUAUAAACACCAUUUUCCCAAAAAAAUUUUAAAAUAAUAAACCUCAAUUACCCCUAAAAUAACUAUUUAUCUAAAGAAUUAAAGAAAUAACAUUCGUACUUUAUGAAAAAUAAAAUUGUAACAUUCAGAACAAAAAAUCCUUUCCCACGUCCCGAAGCGAAAACAUUUCAAAAAUUUGUUCAAACUCUCCAAAAAAAUUUUUUUUUAAGUCCCGAGGCGAAAACAUUUCAAAAAUUUCUCAAAUUCACCAAAAAAUUCAUUUUUCCCAGUCCCGAAGCGAAAAUAUUAAACGGCAUCGUUGACCCCAAAUGUCGUUGACCCGAAGUGUCGUUGACCCGAGUUGUCCCUGACCCGAAAUGUCGGGACGCGCGAUAUUUUUAUUUUUGCACUGUGCGGUUUUUUUAUUUUUUUUUUGCACAGUGCAAUCCUUUUUAAUAUUAUGCACCGUGCGAUUUUUUUUUGCACAGUGCAGUAUUUUCUCUUUUUCUGCACAGUGCAAUUUUUUCGAUUUCGCACUGUGCGAUUAAAAAAAAAUUUUGUGCGUUUCGCACCGUGCAGAAGACUUCAAAUGCUGGCUCGCACAGUGCAAAAUUUCACCAAUUUCACUUCCUAUUUUCAGAAACAGAACUCCAAAUAAUGUACCCGACCUAAAGACAGCCGAACCAGGUGAUCCAUCGACCCAAGAGGCCCGCUCUAACACUGGCACACCAACUCUGACAACCGGCAGAGAAGGAGAAGAUACGCAUCCGCAGAAGAAAGGAUGGGCCUGGUUUAAGAAAAGCUGCCACAAAAAGACCACUGGAAAGCCGGGAUCCAAAGAGGAUGUUCAUACCGGAUUGGAACUGUAAAUACGAAAUUUUUUAUUAGAAAAAAUGAGAUUUUUUGAAAAUUUUUGCAUUUAAAAAUUUUUUAUCAAUUUUUGAUGAAUAAUUUUUGCAGCUCCGGCACUGACCCACAUCCGGGUACUAAAAAGAAGCUUCAGAAAACACCCCGUCCAUUGAAAGAGCCCGGCCGAUCCAAGGAAGCCAUACGAAAUCGGUUGACUUUAAAGACACCCACUAAUACGAGUGGUGAAAAAAUAUCGAAACGGAAGAAAUCCCAUGAUAAGAGCAACGAUGACACCAACUCUGUAAGUUUUGAACACCAAAACGACUAAUAAAUGGGGAGAUUUGACAUAAAUUAUAUUGUACAUGACAAAAAUAUUGACUUUAUUAGAUUCCAAGCACAAAUUGUUUGAAUAUUCAUAUCCGGUGAUCUAAUUGGACUGUAUUAAUAUUUUUUACGCAUUGUGGAUUAAAUAACCAUCUAUUUUUAGGACUGCUCAUCACACCACUCAUCGGAACACACCCAGUCCCAUGAUCUAGUCGAUAAACGUAAUGGAUAA